UGAGAUAUUUACACAGAGCCAUGAGACGCAGAGGAAUUGGCGCGAUUGACAAGGGAAAACUUGCUAAGGCCAAGUUUGCAGAGAAAGGAACAGAGAUUGCUGAGCUUCAGUUCUCUCAGAUGCAGUCGCAGUUGGAUACGUUUCGCUCAAACUUGGAAGACUUCGCGGCCAAGCACAAGAACGAGAUAAAAAAGAACGCAGAAUUCAGACAGCAUUUCCAACAGAUGUGUGCACGGAUAGGAGUCGACCCCCUAGCUUCAAGCAAAGGAUUUUGGGCAGAAAUGCUUGGUGUGGGAGAUUUCUAUUAUGAGCUAGGAGUACAAAUCAUUGAAGUUUGUUUGGCAACGAGAUCAAGGAACGGAGGUCUUAUAAGUCUUGAAGAGCUAAAGCUUCGAUUGUUGAAAUCAAGAGGCAAACAUGGCCAGGAUAUUAGCAAUGAUGAUAUCAUACGAGCAAUAAAGAAGUUACGGGUACUUGGCAGUGGGUUUGCUGUCAUUCCUAUCGGCGAUCGGCGACUCAUACAAUCCGUACCCGGUGAACUGAGUAUGGAUCACACGGCAGUAUUACAACAUGCCGAGAAUGGUGGUUAUGUCUCGCUGUCUGAUCUCGUCCGAGAAAUGAAAUGGGAAACGACGCGAGCUUCUCGUGCAUUGGAACACCUCGUACAAGAAGGAAUGGCAUGGGUCGACGAUCAAACCCACGAACGACAGUACUGGUUUCCAAGUCUUGUUCCUGAUUUAUAGAUAUCAAUAAACAGCAAUUUGUUGUAUCAAAUAUAUCUGACCAGAAGUGAUGU